UGCUAUUAUAAACACGAUUACAACUUUUUUUGUAUGCGUUAGUAUUUCGAUUUUUUGAGUAAUAUCAUACUGUAUCUGAAUCAAAUCAGUAAACCAAGAUUUCACGAUGGCGGAUGAAGGGGCAUCUUCAAGCAGCAACUCUGUUGAUGAAAUUGAAGAUAAACAAGAGAAUCAGCAAGGUUGCUUUGUUACAAAUUUUACUUCAAAUACAAAUGAGAACUGUGCAACUGUGUCUAGUUCUGGCCAUGGAAGCCAAGUGUUUCUACUAGGUAAAGAAAGUAGUAACACUACUUCAAAUCCAUUUGCUAUUAAGUUGUCGCAACCUACCCGGAGUGUUGCUGAUAGUACAGACAAUAAAGAAACAAGACCGCUUCUUGCUCCUCCAACAUUAAAAUUAAAUUCAGAUUCUCCUAAGAUUGUGCUACGGCCAUCAGCCUUAUCAAUUCAAGCUGAAAAAUUGAAACAAAUGAACAAACUUGAUAGCACUGGUAAACAGGAAGGAAAAGAAAAUUCAUCAGACGAAAGCAAUGUAACUAAAAUACCUCGUCUGAGCACUAGUGAAAGUAAUGGUAAAAUGUCUAAAGUUGAGCUUCUUGCAAGCUGUAUUUCAACUUCAUCUGAUAGUUCUAUCAUGUCUUCCCCUUCUAAGCCCUCCUGUACUUCAGGAAGCACUUUCUGUAUAUCAGAAAAAAAUUCUGAUGAAAAACCAACUAAUGGAGGUUUUAUUUUUGGACAGAAUCUUCAUGAAAGAGUUCUUAACUAUGGGAAACCUCCUGAGCAGCCUUCUUCACCUACAGAUUCCCAUAAUCUAACAUUUGAAGAAGCUGCGUUAAAGAAAGAAGAAUUAGAAAAAAUGGAAAGGCAGAAUCAGGAAGAGAAAUUGAAGAAAAGUUUAUCUGAAUCUGCAAAAGAAUAUGAAUCUAAACAAGUGAAACGGAAAUUUGAUGAAGUAGCUGUUAUUACUGGUGAAGAAGAAGAACAAAAUGUUUUGCAGAUUAACUGCAAAUUAUUUGCAUUUGAUAAAGUCAGUAUGAACUGGCAAGAACGAGGUAGAGGUUUACUUCGUCUUAAUGAUAAAGAAUGUAAAGGAAAUUUGCAUUCAAGAGUUGUGAUGCGCAUUCAUGGAAGUCUACGAGUUGUUUUAAAUACAAAAGUAUGGGCAGGAAUGUCUGUAGAGCAUCCUAGCAAAAAAACUGUUCGAUUGACUGCCUAUGAUCCUCAAGGUGUUAAAGUUUUCCUUGUCAUGGCUCAACCAAAAGAUGCAGAACAGCUAUUCCAUGCUCUUGAUUGGCGAGUGGCAACUCUUAAAGCUCAAGAAACGACUUCUACCAAACAACCUCUCAGGAAAGAUGAAAAUCAAUCAACGAUUGAAGAAGCAACAAGUUCUUCCACUUUACCUGAUGCUUGUAGCCAAGACAGUUGUGACAGUUAUUCGAAUAAAAGCAUUAUUGCCUCUGAUAGCACAUGUGGUGGAGCUGACAGUAGCUCAGAAACAAAUUUUGUACCUCAUGAAUCAUCUGAGGAAGUUACCUCUGAUGGUGCUGCUGAUUCAACUGAAACCCAGUCAUGAGAACUAUUUUUAAAAAAGCCCUCAACAGUAAUGUUGGAAAUAUGUAUCAGUUUUGCCAUAUUUUUAUGGUUACUUUUGUAUGUUUCAAGUGGGCUGCACUGUGCUCAUUCUGGACUUAAAACCACAGUGCUCAGUCACAGGCAUAGACUUUAUAUAUAAAUAUGCAUUCUCAUGUCUCUUUCUGUGGAUUAGACUUUGCCUUUCAAAUAGGUUCAUGCAAUGCCAAAUCUUGGUAUGUUUAGUUCACCAUCCAUGUCUACUUACAGAAAAACUUGAAAUAUGAUUCUAGUUCAUGACCCUAUUUAUUACAGUCUUUAGUUUUGGAAGUCAGUGUGAAUUUAGAAAAAACAGCUUUUAAUAAAAAUGACCCCAUAUCCAAAAUUUAUUGGUUGUGUUUAUAUAAUACUAAAUUUCAAAUAAAAUAACAAAACUAGGCUUUGUUUUAUAAGGACAAGAUUCUUUUUAAAUGUUGGAAUUGUUAAUAUGUCGUAUGCAAUCAUAACUGUAGAAUUAUUCCACUAAAAUAAUCUCCCCUAUUUGUCUAUUAAACAUGUUACACUUUUUCGUUUCUUUCCUUUCCAUUUAUUCCAUGUCAAUCUCUAGAGGUUGAUAUAGUCUAUUUGGAAAGCCAUAAACUUUCUUUUAAGGACAGGCAUUGAGCUUUUUGUGUUAACUAUAAUUUUUAUUUACGGUUCAAACAUAUCUUUCACGAGAAGCUUAACUCAAACAAUUUUUGUUGCUUUUAUAUUAUUUUUGUAUGUUGAAAUGAAACUCACUUUCAUAGCAGUUUUUAUUUUUUAAGGAAAUUCUUUUAAUAAAGUUGAACUCAAACAGUGUUUUGAAGAAUGUAUAUAGUAGCAUUCCAUAAUAAAUUUCCUGUACUGUGUCUUAAACUAGUGCAUUAUGAACUCUUGCCUUUAAUCACUAUGCAAUGUAUAAAAAUGUGAGAAUACUGAAUUGUACUGCCACAAUUUUGAUGAAAUUUAGUUGGUGAAAUAAUUCACAAACGAUUCUAAAUGCUGUGUUCAAAAGUUGAUCCAGAUUUUUAUAUGAAUUUGGAGCCAAUAAACUGAAUAAAAAAUUUGAGUGCUC